UACCCUCUCUCUGGUUCAACCCUUUGCACCUGCAGCUUUCGGGUGAAGAUUGAGCAACGCCACGACGGGUGAGAGAGGCCUGUGCCAUCCGUGGUGUGGCAUUACCUGUGCACCAGACCCCCAGCAUUAAAGGCCAGAGCUCCCUCUUCCCCAGCAGGUAGCAAUGACUUGGUCAGAGGACAACGCCACAGAGAUGGGGAACGGGACAGAGGGCAACGCCACAGAGAAGGGGAACGGGACAGAGAGACAGUGGGAGCUGCCUUUCACCCUGGUGUAUGGUGUCAUCAUCGCCAUGGGGCUGGUCCUCAACGUGGUUGCCCUAUGGGUCUUCUGCCACGACAUCCACCUGCGCUCGGGCACCAUGGUGUACAUGAGGAACCUGGCCACGGCUGACCUCCUGCUGGUCUGCUUCCUGCCCUUCCGGUUGGUGUACAUCACCAGGAGCGGGAAGGUGGCACAGCAGGUGUGCCAGGUCACCGGCCUCAUCUUUCUGGUCAACAUGUACACCAGCAUUUUCUUCCUGGCCUGCAUCAGCCUGGACCGCUGCAUCGCCACCCUCUGGCCCAUGCACUUGCCCCUCCGUCGGCUUCACCAUGCCGCCCCCUGGGUCAGUGCCGUGGUCUGGCUGCUAUCGGUUGGCUCCAGCCUGCCACCCUACCUCAUCUUGAAGCUGGGCAAGAACAAUGCCACCAACCACAGUUGCCUCGAUCACAGUGCAGUGACCAAUCCCCUGACUGUGUCCUUCACCCUCUCCAUUGGCUUUGGGCUGCCCUUCGCUCUGCUCCUGGUCUGCUCCCUGCUGGCACUGAGGAGUGUGAGGGGCAGCGGCAGGCCGGACCCCCACCUCAACAAGGUGCGCAAGACCCAGAACAUGAUCCUGGCCAACCUGCUGAUCUUUACCUUCUGUUUCCUGCCCUACCACGCCGUGCUGCCCUUCUACGGCCAACUUCAACGGCGUUCAAAUCGCACCGCGCUCCUCGUCUACCACGCGGCCCAGCUCCUGGCUUCCUCCAACGCCGCUCUCGAUCCCAUCCUCUACUACUUCAGCACAGAGGCCUUCCAGAAGACCCAGCUGGUAGCGACCGUGGGCGCAAUGGUCUCCUGCCGUUGCCGUCGCAACCGCCGCAACAAGGACAACGGGACCCCAGUGCCCACCGAGGCAGAGAACAUCACCUUCAUCUCCACCGUAAAGACCCCCCUAACCCCAUCCCCCGCCCCCCUCCUACUGCCCCAUCGCAGACUCAGAAACAUACCGAAUAGUGAAAGGCCUGGAUCGGCCAAUGGAGGGAGAGAUGGA